AUGAACUCGAGGUUAAAUUCUACAUUUUAUAAUCAUUUAUCAUUUCUGAAUUUAUCUGGACUAUCGGCGUCAAGACGAGUCAGAUCGUCGAGAAGUGAUGGGCCUAUGAUACCGUGUCCUAACAAUUGUGGUAAACAGUAUAAACACAAGUUCAACCUGAAUAGGCAUAUCAGAUACGAAUGCGGAGUAGCCAAGCAAUUCCGUUGCAGCGAAUGUCACAAGAUGUUUUCGCAGAAAAGUAGCCUUAAAUCGCAUCUCGGUUGUACCAAUGGUUUAUUUACUUGCGAGAAUGGUUGUGGACGUGUUUAUAAACGUAAAAAUACUUGGAUCAGACAUAUGAGGUACGAAUGCGCCGGAGUACAAGAUAUUCUGAGACUUUUCAGUUGUCCCAUUUGCCAGAAACGUUUCAGUCAUAAAUUUUUGGUCAGGAAACAUUUGGUUACUGUGCACGAAAGAACUGAUUUAUAA